CGCUCGGGACUUUUUAUCGUUUGGUAUUCCUACAUUUUGCAGUUUUGCUACGGUUUUGCUGUGCUUCAUAAACGCAGUACCUAGGUUAGAGGCUUCCAGUGUGAUUCCUUCUUUGAACUGUCAACAAAUCAAUCUGCUGUCGUUAAAAAAAUAAAAAUAACAUAAUAUUAUUAACUAAGUACAUACCUACUUACUGAGUGAAUAUUUAUCAGAUAACUUACGUCAAACACUACAAUGGGUGCAGAACAAUCAAGCUCAAGUAAAGCAAGAGAGGCCAAUUCUAAGUUUACCAAAGAUGAGGUAAACAGAAUGUUGGAGCAACAAAAGAGACUGUUUGAUGAGCGAUUCCAACAAUUAUUAAAGUUAAACUUAGAUCCCACUGAUGCUCGAGAGACUGCCAAGCAAGAAGCUCGUAAUGAAGUCGAAAGACUAAUGAGAGAGAAGGAAAGGGAACUAGACAGACAAAGGCAGCAACAAAGUCCCCUUGGACUUGGAUCCCUUGAUCGAACACCCGUAACAUUGGAAAGAGAAAGAGCACCUUACAGCUUUCCUGGAGAAAAUCUCGCGAGGGAAUUUACAACCGUACCGUCAACCUCAGAUCCUUUUGUUAGUAUUUACCCAAAUCUUGGAAAUGCAGCAUCAAGCUCUUCAGCUGCACCGAGUUCUCAAAGAUCAGUUCCAUCUGCUCCGCCAGCUCCCAGAGAUAGAUCCGUUUCCAGGAACCGCACUGGCAAGGCUACGCGUAACACUAAGGCUGAAGACGACGUUAAAUGCCCGACUUGCAAAAAUCAUUACACUUCAACCAUUUUUCAGUGCCAAACUGGGCACAGCUCAUGCUUGCACUGCAAAAACCGUAUGGCCCGUUGUGGCAUCUGUGGUGGCCCAAUUACCAACAUGAGGAAUAUCGAUCUGGAACAUUACGUUGGCCAGAGGACACAACCUUGUCCAAACAAAGAUGACGGCUGCAGAUUGUCCUUCAAGUUGAGUGACAUGGACGGUCAUUUAAUCGAGUGCCAAUAUCGCGAGAUGAAUUGCCCUCUUGCGGCGAUCUUUGGACAAUGCAGUUGGCGUGGAAAAGUCACACAAAUGGCGUCCCACUUUGACGAAGUCCACCAAAUGCACCGUCAGGGCAACGUCGACACAGAAAUGCGCUUGCUCAACGUAUCCAACGACAAUCACAUAGUGUACUACGUGGUUAUAGGAACCUUUAACUUCCUUUUCCAUGUCAAAGUGUGUAAGGGAGAAGGUAUGAUGUACAUGACGGUACAACUAAUCGGCAGCCAACAUAGCGCUUCGAAAUGGGGUUACGAAAUCCACAUUUACAACAAAGCAGAACCCCGCAGAAAGUUUGAGUAUAAGGAUACGUGCAACCCUAUAAACACACCAAUCAAUACCAUCGUAACCAUUUCCAAAUGUGCGGUAAUCCCUCUGUCGUACGCAAAUACUUUCCAGAACAACGGCGCUAUUACUUACAAGUUUUAUAUUAGAAAAGAGAAUGAGGGUAAUAACAACAAUUUCGGGAAUAACAACCGCGGACGUGGGCCAAGACGUCGUUAAUAAAAUGCAACAGCAGAUAACAAGAUAAAUCUUAUCAUGAAACACUGAAAUGCUGGACAUUUUUAUCGGAUAUUUGAUUUGAUUUAAUAUGAUAAAUACAUAAAUUUGGUAUAGCAAAGGAUUACCGUUACUUCACUAUAAGUUGAUGAGUAUCCAAUAAAAAUUAUUUUAUUAUUGCGGGUAGGUAAAACACUUACUUUCCCAGAUUUGCGUUACCUACACUUAGAAAAUCUGCUUUUGAACAUAAAUAAUAAUUAUUUGAUUUUGCAUGAUUUGA